GUUUUUGAGAAAAAAAAAAGUCUUCGUCGUCCACUCUCAAGCUCAACCAAAGUUCUUGGGUCCUCCUCUCUAUUAUUAUUACCACUUCUUCACCAAUCCAUUUGUUUUCAAUCCUUUUAAAAGAGUUUUGUAUUCACAACAUGAGAAAGAUCUCACACUACUGAUCAUCGUUUUAGUAUAGGUUGGUGAUUGUAUCUUCAUAAGUAGUAGAAGUAAAGAUGGAAGGGAAAAGAUUGGAUCUUAGGUUUCAUCACUCUGUAUCAUCAUCACAAUCUGUGGAAUCUGCUGCAUUGGAUUUGGAUAAAAACGGCUACAAUCAUAUUAAAUUGGCUUCUUCAUCGCCGCUUCAACCGUUUCCAUCAGGCGGUCAGCAUCCUGAAACUAGUGCUGCUGCUGCUUACUUCUCUUGGCCUACUUCAAGUCGAUUGAACGAUUCAGCAGAAGACAGAGCAAACUAUUUUGCAAAUCUUCAGAAAGGUGUUUUGCCUGAAACUUUUGAUGGUUUACCUACUAUUCUUGUUUUGACAAAUAUAGCGGCUAUUCUUGUUUUUGUUGCUCGGAAAGUUCACAAGCAAUGGCUUAAUCCUCCUCAGUGUUUACCUACAGCCUUGGAGGGUCCUGGAGGAGUUUGGUGUGAUGUAGAUGUUGUUGAGUUUCAAUAUUAUGGUGCACCUGCGCAAACGCCCAAAGAGCAGGUGUAUACAGAGCUUGUUGAUGAUCUGAGAGGCAGUGGUUCGUCCAUCGGAUCUGGUUCACAGGUGGCUAGCCAAGAGACAUAUGGAACCUUGGGAGCUAUUGUAAAGAGUAAAACCGGAAUCAGACAAGUUGGCUUCCUUACAAACCGUCAUGUUGCAGUUGAUUUAGACUACCCAAGCCAGAAGAUGUUUCAUCCUUUGCCACCUAGCCUCGGACCCGGAGUCUACUUAGGUGCAGUGGAAAGAGCAACUUCAUUCAUUACCGAUGACCUUUGGUAUGGCAUUUUCGCUGGAACUAACCCAGAAACAUUUGUUCGAGCUGAUGGAGCCUUCAUACCAUUUGCGGAGGACUUCAACAUGAAUAAUGUAACCACAACUGUCAAAGGUAUUGGUGAGAUCGGUAAUAUCCAUGCUACUGAUCUACAGUCACCAAUCAACAGUCUAAUAGGAAGGAAAGUUGUCAAAGUUGGAAGAAGCUCUGGUUUGACCACUGGGACCAUAAUGGCAUAUGCGUUGGAAUACAAUGACGAGAAAGGGAUUUGUUUCCUAACUGAUUUUCUUGUUGUUGGUGAAAACCAGCAGACUUUUGAUCUUGAGGGUGACAGUGGAAGCCUUAUUCUGUUGGCUGCGGGCGAUGAGAAGAAUGAGAAACCGCGACCUGUUGGAAUUAUUUGGGGAGGAACAGCAAACAGGGGACGGUUGAAGCUAAAAGUGGGGGAACAACCUGAGAAUUGGACAAGUGGAGUUGAUCUUGGAAGAGUUCUUAAUCUUCUUGAGCUUGAUCUCAUUACUUCCAAUGAGGGUCUUCAAGCGGCGGUGCUGGAACAGAGAAACAGUAUUAUGUGUGCUGGAAUUGAUUCCACCGUUGUGGAAUCAUCUCCUGGUGUGUGCAAUAUUUCGAGGUGUAAAACGGGUGAGAACUUUGAGCCUAUUAACUUGAAUGUCCAGCAAGUUCUUAGAGAAGAAGACAGCUCAAACAUUCAUCCAGAGUUCCAAAUAGAAGAUGUGUUAGAAUCAGCAGCUAUGAUCGAAGAACACCAGUUCAUUCCAAGUUCAAGUAACAACGGAUACUCACUCCAUCAGAAAAUUAAUGGACCAGAGAAUCUCGAAUCCAAGAACCUGUCUUCUCUUAAGACUAAUAGCUCGGGUGAUGAGAUUGGCUUUUCUUUGCAGUUAGGUGAGUCAGAUACAAAGAAAAGAAAGCGAACUGAUUCACCAGAUGGUUCUCAAGAACAUGAAGAGUCAAGGUUAUGCUCAUGAGACUUCAUAACAUACCAGAGGAUUCAACUAUUAUUUUUCCACUGCAUUUUUCUCCAGAGGAAAGAUAUUCAGAAUAGCGUAUAUGUAUUGGCUAAUGUCAAGGAUAGUCAAAAGUUAUGAGCACGUAUGUGUUGGUAGAUUAUGAACACCUAUGAAUUUUGUACCUAAAGAACAUCUUGGAGCAUAAGCAAUUACAA